AUGCGGCCACCACCAGCCGCCGCCCCGGCCAUCAGCAGCCCGCAAUCAAUUAGUAGUUAUCAAAACUCUCAGGUGCAGCACCAGCCACCAGAGGUGCAGCACCAGCCUCCAGAGGUGCAGCACCAGCCACCAGAGGUGCAGCACCAGCCUCCAGAGGUGCAGCACCAGGCUCCAGAGGUGCAGCACCAGCCACCAGAGGUGCAGCACCAGCCACCAGAGGUGCAGCACCAGCCACCAGAGGUGCAGCACCAGCCUCCAGAGGUGCAGCACCAGCCUCCAGAGGUGCAGCACCAGCCACCAGAGGUGCAGCACCAGCCACCAGAGGUGCAGCACCAGCCUCCAGAGAUGCAGCACCAGCCACCAGAGGUGCAGCACCAGCCACCAGAGGUGCAGCACCAGCCUCCAGAGGUGCAGCACCAGCCACCAGAGGUGCAGCACCAGCCACCAGAGGUGCAGCACCAGCCACCAGAGGUGCAGCACCAGCCUCCAGAGGUGCAGCACCAGCCACCAGAGGUGCAGCACCAGCCACCAGAGGUGCAGCACCAGCCACCAGAUGUGCAGCACCAGCCACCAGAGGUGCAGCACCAGCCUCCAGAGGUGCAGCACCAGCCUCCAGAGGUGCAGCACCAGCCACCAGAGGUGCAGCACCAGCCACCAGAGGUGCAGCACCAGCCUCCAGAGGUGCAGCACCAGCCUCCAGAGGUGCAGCACCAGCCACCAGAGGUGCAGCACCAGCCUCCAGAGGUGCAGCACCAGCCACCAGAGGUGCAGCACCAGCCACCAGAGGUGCAGCACCAGCCUCCAGAGGUGCAGCACCAGCCACCAGAGGUGCAGCACCAGCCACCAGAGGUGCAGCACCAGCCACCAGAGGUGCAGCACCAGCCACCAGAGGUGCAGCACCAGCCACCAGAGGUGCAGCACCAGCCACCAGAGGUGCAGCACCAGCCACCAGAGGUGCAGCACCAGCCACCAGAGGUGCAGCACCAGCCACCAGAGGUGCAGCACCAGCCUCCAGAGGUGCAGCACCAGCCACCAGAGGUGCAGCACCAGCCACCAGAGGUGCAGCACCAGCCACCAGAGGUGCAGCACCAGCCUCCAGAGGUGCAGCACCAGCCACCAGAGGUGCAGCACCAGCCACCAGAGGUGCAGCACCAGCCUCCAGAGGUGCAGCACCAGCAGUUUUUACGGUAUUGA